AUGGAUGUUUGCGAUCAGCCUGCAAAAAGUGAUUGUUUGAAUUUUGUCCUGUAUAAUGCUGAUUUUGGUUGUACAUCUUGUUUAAUACAAGACCAAACAUUGUGUACAGAUGCAGGUGGUCAUGUUCACGUUUAUCCAUAUGAACCUCAGACACAAUUAAGAACCUCGGUGCAAACAAUACAACAUGCAAAUCUCACAACACCAGACCAGUCUGUAAUGGGAGUUAAAGGGAAUUCUGCACUAUUGUUAAUUAUGCCUGAUUUUAUUCGAAGAAUUGCAAUAGAUCGUAUGCAUUGCUGCGAUGGUGGUGUAAUUAAAAAAAUUCUGACUCUGUUGUUUGAUGCUUCGUACAGCGAUAAAGUCUUUUCAUUACGAGCAGUCAUGAACCAAAUAGACAACCGAUUGAUAGGUAUCAAGCCACCUAAGUUUGUACACCGUAUGCCACGUUCCAUUAAUGAUUUGAAACAUUGGAAAGCAUCUGAAUUAAAAAUGUUUUGCUUUUAUUACGCAAUACCAAUAUUUGAAGGCAUUAUGCGUCCUGAUUAUUUUCAACAUUUGUUAAAAUUGAUUAUUGGACUAUUCAUCUUAAGUUGCGAUGUAAUUAGUGAUGCUAUGAUCGAAGUAGCUCGUGAUCUCUUAAAUUGUUUCGUUCGGAAUUUUGAACAGUUGUAUGGGUUAAGGUAUUGCUCUAUAAAUACACAUUUAUUGAUACAUUUACCUGACUCCGUAAGAACUUUGGGACCCUUGUGGGCUCAUACGUGUUAUGAAUCUGAGGACUUGAAUGGACAAUUAUUAAAGCUAUUUCAUGGAACAUGGCACAUAGAUACAAAUUUCGCAGUGCUAAUAUACUUUGUAUUUUAUAGAAAUGAAAAUGAGAUGCUGAACGAUGGUCUUCAAGGCUGGAACAAUGAAAUUGUAUUUCCUGCUGUCUAUAUGGAUAAUCAAUUUCAAAGACCAAUUCCUCUUCCUGGUACCAUUACGGACAUUUAUGAUGGAGAACUAUACAGAGAAUGGUUUAACAACGGUUUCUUAUUUACCCCUAACAACAUAUCCUUCAGCUGGUAUACCGAUGGUAUACCCGUUUACAAAUCGUCGCAUAUAAGUAUAUGGCCAUUUUAUCUUACAAUUAAUGAGCUACCAUUUAAUGAACGAAAGAAAAGAGAGAAUACAUUGCUCUUAGGUUAUUGGUUCGAUGAUAAGAAGCCAUAUAUGAAUAAUUUUAUAUACAAGUUCCGAGAAGAGUUACAGCGUGUUGCUGAAUAA